AUGGACACAAAUAAAAUUACAGUUGUAAUUCGUAAGAGACCUUUGGGAAAAAAAGAAUUAAUUAGAGGAGAUUAAGAUAUUGUAUCAGUGUAGGAUUAACAAACAGUCAUUUUAAGUGAAAUCAAGUAAAUAUAUCUAAGAACUUAGAUAAAAAGUUGAUUUGACUAAAUUUAUUGAGUAACAUCACUUCAACUUUGAUCUAGCAUUUGAUGAAACCAUAGAUAAUUAAGGUGUAUAUCAAUUAGCAGUAAGACCAAUAAUCUAGGCAGCAUUCAAUAAAGCAAAAUGUACAUGUUUUGCAUAUGGUUAAACUGGUAGUGGCAAAACUUAUACAAUGCUUGGAGAUCAAGAUUAAGGAGUACCUGGAUUAUAUGUAAUGGCAAGUCAUGAUAUAUUUGCUAUGGUUUAAAAGGUAUCUAUUUAAUUAUGUUCUAAUUAGGUAGAGUAUUAACAUUUAGUAAUUUCAAUUUCAUUUUAUGAGAUAUAUUGUGGCAAAUUAUUUGAUUUAUUAAAUGAUAGAUCUCAAUUAGCUGCUUAAGAAGAUGCUAAAGGGAAUGUUCAAAUCAAAGGACUUAGCGAAAAAAAAAUCAAUAAUGUCCAGUAAUUGAUGCAAAUAAUUUAAUAUGGAUAAAGUUCAAGAAUCACAUCAUCUAAUUCUGCUAAUUCAGAAUCUUCUAGAUCUCAUGCUAUUUUAUAGAUUACUUUAAAAAAUAAUAAAUAAAUACAUGGAAAAUUAUCCUUUAUUGAUUUAGCAGGUAGUGAAAGAGGUGCUGAUGUUAGAGAUUAAGAUAAAACUACAAGAGUUGAUGGAGCUGAAAUAAAUAAAUCAUUAUUAGCACUGAAAGAAUGUAUAAGAGCAUUAGAUUUAAAUAAAAAUCAUACUCCUUUUAGAGGAAGCAAAUUAACUUUAGUUUUAAAGGAUAGUCUUAUUGGUAAUUGCAGAACUGUAAUGAUUGGUAACAUCUCUCCUAGUAAUGCUAAUAGUGAACAUACUCUUAAUACACUUAGAUAUGCAGAUAGAGUAAAGGAAUUGAAAAAGCCCUAAGAAUAAAAGAAUAUUGAUAAUCACAAUAGAGAAUUAUUCUUAGCAAGAGGAGGUACACAAAUAUUGGAUUAAAUUAGAAAAUAAUGUAAUAAGAAGAGAAUAUAAAAAUCCAGAUUCAGAAGAUGAAGAAGAUUGUUCAACUAAUUUUGGUUAAUAGGGUAGUUAAGGUGUUUAUAAAGUAAAUAAUUAAAAAAAUGUUUUACUACCUCCAGUAAUAUAAGUUAAUCGUACUUAAUCUGCUCAUAAUAAAUUAUCAUUAAAUGAAACUCCUUCCAAUAAAUAUUAACAUCCUUUAAAUAAACUGUCUAAUGUAAGAUAAUCAAAUAAUAAUCUAUAAUAAUAAUAUUAAUUACCACCUAAACCAUAACCAUUACCAUAACAUUUGUCAUCUAUAAAUAAAGUUCCACUUUUCCCUUAAUAUCAAAAUAAUUUACCUGACUCUUUAUUUUCUACUGAUAAGACUUAAUCACUCUCUUCAUAGAAUUUAAAUCAACCUUUUCCUCCUACUUAUAACUUUUUUUAAAAUCAAAUAUUACCAUCAGAAAUCAAUGCUGGAGAUGAUGAUUAUUAAGAUAAUUUAUUACUUGAAGAUGUUGAUUCUGAAAUAGAAUAGAAAAAUAAAGCAUUAACAAAUUAAUUUUUAGAAUUGGAUUAGAGAGUUUUAUAAGAAGAGGAUGAAAUAAUCAUCUCACAUCGUAAUCAUAUUGAUGAUAUGGUUGAAAUUUGUAAAUAAGUAAUAUUUAAUAGUAAUUAAGGAUAUGGGAUUGUUGAAUUCUUUAGAUUAAAAAUUUGUUAAUUCAAAAGAUUAUUUUAAAUAAUUAAAGGAAAAUUUGUUGAUUAAGUAAAAUAAGAUUGAAGAAUUCAUUAACAAAUUGAAUAUAUAUGAUUAACUCUUUGAAUAAGUAAUUAUUAUUAUUUAUUUAUAUAUAUAGAGAUCAUAAAUUGA